UGAGAAAUAUAAGUUGGCAUGGUUGGUUAAGAGUUACUCUAUUCGCCGUCAUCGUAUAGUAAAAUAACAUUUUUUAAAAAUGUUUGUCAAAUUCUGCGCAAUUUUUUUGACAUUGCUGGUUGUUGGCUCCUUUGGGAAACGCAGCUUCAAGAGUUAUCUACACGAUGCUGAUAGACGAGCCCUGAAUUGCCAGCCAAAUGAGUUCCCGUGUAAGGAUGGCACUCGCUGUGUCCCCAUGAAAUGGACUUGUGAUAUGGAGGAGGACUGUGACGAUGCCUCAGAUGAACGUUUAAAUUGCCCAACUGACUGCUCACACGCCAACCAGUUCAAAUGUGCCUCUGGAAACGAAUGCCAGUCAAGGGAUUUUGUCUGCGAUGGUACCAUCGACUGCCAUGAUGGGUCAGACGAACAAAACUGCGAGAACUUCGUAUGCCCUGACGGUGAAAUCAAGUGCGACAACCACCUCUGUAUUGAGGCGGCCUGGAAGUGUGACGGCUACGACGACUGCGGUAACAACUGGGAUGAGACCGGAUGCAGCGGUUAAUUAAUCAACCAUCGAUUUUACGAUUUUACAUAUCACGUGCCAGUCUACAUACAUGCCCAAAAAAUAUAUGCACAUUCGAGUGUACUUGUUAAAUUUGAGAAUAAAAAGAUACGUGACUAAGUAUUACAAAAUAAGUUUACAGAGAUAGAAGAUAAAUAAAUGUAUUAAUAUGA